CAAACGAAUUUUCUCAACGUUUUUACAAAAAUAAAAAAUGAAGACACUUUUCUUGUUUUUCACUCUUCUAAUUCUUAUUUCAUCAUGUGUAUCAAAUCUUAUGGGGAAAAAUGUUAUAGAGAGAAAAACUCCAUUUUCUAAUCACGGAGACCAGAGCCCUCAAAGUCCACCAUAUGUGCAUUUUGGAAGCCUUUCCAGAUAUAAUAUUCCAGAGGCAUGUAGUCAAAUAUGUACAGAGCAUUGUUUAAGAAAAAAUAGGUUGGUGGCAUAUUGUCGUAUUGGUGAGAUUUGUCUUUGUACUUCCUUUCAAAUACCCAAUCGUUACAUUGCAACCAAUCCUCCUAAACCAUCUAUAAAAUAA